CCCGCUGAAGGCCGGUCGGGGCCAGCAAGAUCGGACACUAGCCAAUUCGGUCAUCCUCCCUCGUAGUGUAGCCGGGGCGCCGCUUGACCCCUAAACAUGACUCACAAGCCCUGCUCUCCCUGCUUCAGAGCUGAACACCAGCUUGACAAUCAACCAGGUUUCUGGAAGUAGACAAGAGGCGAAGACAUCUUGGAUACUCUCCCCCGCCGUUUACUUCUUUCCUAUCUCGUCCAGUCUCUCGGCCAAUCCCGAGCUGCCUCUCGUCAAGAUGCCUCUCCGAGAACUCCAAUACCCGACUCAGCCCUACAGCAAGGUCAACCGGAAAAAGGAUCGGGCCGACUAUACUCUGGAAACUAUCCACCGGAUCGUAAACUCAUGCCCGAUACUGCAUGUCUCGUUCCAACCGCCCGACAGCCCCUUCCCCGCCAUUUUGCCCAUGAUCGGCCAGAUGGGCUCCUUCGCGCGCCCUAGCGCUGACCUGGGCGAUGUUCUGGACCUGUAUCUUCAUGGCUACGUCUCCUCCCGCCUCAUGAACCUCAACCGCACGAGCACCUCGCCAGAGGGCCUGCCGGUGACCAUCGCAGCCUCGCACGUCGACGGGCUGGUGCUCUCGCUCACGCCCAACAGCCACAGCUACAACUACCGCAGCGCGGUGCUGUUCGGGCACGCGCAGCUGGUGACCGACGCGGCCGAGAAGCUGUACGCGAUGGAGCUGAUCACCAACGGCGUCGUGCCGGGCCGGUGGGCGGGCUCGCGCGUGCCGCCCAACGCGGCCGAGAUGCAGAGCACCAGCGUGCUGCGCGUGCGCAUCGCCGCCGGCAGCGCCAAGGUCCGCAGCGGCGGACCGAACGACGACCGCGGCGAUCUGGAGGACGAGGCGCUCCUGGGCAGGGUGUGGACCGGCGUCGUGCCGGUGUAUACCGUCAUGGGAGAGCCGGUGGCGGGGGAGUAUAACAGGGUUGGCGAGGUGCCCGGGUAUCUGGAGGACUGGAGGCGGGAGACGAACAAGGAGGCGGAGGAGUUUGCGAGGGAGGCGGUGGCAAGAGAGGGUACCUCCAAGAAGGCGGCGGAAUGAGGCAGGGAUGGGGGUAUUGGAUUUCACGAGUCUUCUGUUCGACCCAGAUGCGAGUUCGGGGGUGUCAUAGAGGUGAAACGUCGCAUCAGCCUGACCUCGGGCCCUCAAUUCGGCCCGUAUCCCUGCUUGCAAACAGG